AUGUCAGGAGACUAUGCCGUCUCUGAAUACAAUCCCUUGUGGAAACGCGACGGUAUCCAUUUUCAAAUUAACGUUGAUCCCGACAUUAACCAAAUUCCCGAUUUCGCAUACGGUAGUUAUGAUCACACCAUGAACCCCAUUUUCCUUUUCCUUCCCUACAUCGAACCCGUUUCUUCCUCUGAAGAUAUCGUACGUAUGAUGGCCUAUGUCCUCCUCGAAACCCAACUCACCAUGACUCUCUUUUCCCCCCCAAGACGGUUAUCUCUCCCUUAUCCCUAA